GUCCUCAAGCUGUUGAACAACGGGACUUCGUGAAAUGAAUUAAAAAUACCAAACGCGGGAGGGCUAAUUUUCUGUUCGCCCACCGCCACGGAUAUUAAUGGAGUGUCUCAGUCGUUAACUCGGCGUGUCGCAGGGCUGUUGGCUCUCCGGGUGGGCUCGGAGGCCCCGAAGACGGUGCUCGGAGUGACAGCCCUGUUAAAAGAAGCAGAAGGCUGCCUCCUCUUUAUCUUGUUGGCUAGCCACCUAAGCUAGCUUCCUAGACAGCGCCAAGGGGAGUCGAGGAAAAGAACAAAGUACAAAGGGGGGGAAAAGCGCACCAUCUGAAAAGGACACAUUGACAACCCCGGAAAGAGUGAAAUUCAACCUGGACAAGAGAUGGCACACCUACGAGACAUGCAAAACCAGCAGAAUUCCCGGUUGGAUCCUGAGGAGUACUUCACCAAGCAAGAGCGCAUUGGCAAGGGAUCCUUUGGGGAGGUCUACAAAGGCAUCAACGACCGCACCAAGGAGGUGGUGGCCAUUAAAAUCAUCGACUUAGAGGAGGCGGAGGACGAGAUUGAAGACAUUCAGCAGGAAAUCACAGUACUGAGCCAGUGUGAUAGUCCCUUUGUGACCAAGUAUUAUGGCUCGUACCUCAAGGGAACCAAGCUGUGGAUUAUCAUGGAGUAUUUAGGUGGAGGAUCUGCCCUGGAUCUGCUGCGUCCAGGACCUCUUGAAGAGACGUACAUUGCCACGAUAUUGCGGGAAAUCCUCAAGGGGCUGGAGUAUUUGCACUCUGAAAGGAAAAUUCACAGAGACAUUAAAGCUGCCAACGUGCUGCUGUCCGAGCAGGGCGAAGUGAAGCUGGCCGAUUUCGGGGUGGCGGGACAGUUGACUGACACUCAGAUUAAGAGGAAUACAUUUGUGGGCACACCCUUCUGGAUGGCGCCCGAGGUCAUCAAGCAGUCGGCGUACGACUUCAAGGCUGACAUUUGGUCACUUGGAAUCACAGCCAUUGAACUGGCCAAAGGCGAACCUCCCAACUCGGAUUUACACCCCAUGAGGGUCCUCUUCCUUAUUCCCAAAAACACUCCCCCCACCUUGGAAGGCGCUUACAGCAAGCCCUUUAAAGAGUUUGUGGAGGCUUGUCUCAAUAAAGACCCUCGUUUUCGGCCGACAGCCAAAGAGCUGCUGAAGCACAAGUUCAUCACGCGUUACACCAAGAAGACGGCCUACCUGACUGAACUGAUCGACCGCUACCGCCGCUGGAAAUCCGAGGGUCACGGGGAGGAGUCCAGCUCGGACGACUCUGAUAUGGACGCUGAUGGUGAUGUGGAUUCGUGCCCCAUGUGGACCUUCCCCACAGUCAGACCAAACUCUUUGAAUAAGUUACAGAAGGGCUACACACAUACUGACUCAGAGUCAGGAGAUUCUGUGAAAAGGCAACCCAAGUCGCAGUGCUUGUCAGCCUUGGUCACGCCCAUUUUCAGAGAGCUGAAGGAGAAGCGGCGAGCGAGCGGCGGCGGAGUCGGCGCCAUUGAGGAGCUGGAGAACGCCUUCAACCUGGCGGAAGAAUCCUGUCCGGGCAUCUCCGACCGCCUCGUCACACACAUGAUGGAGAGAGUGUGCAGGUUUUCUUUAAACGGAAACACCACACCAUCUUCUCGAUGAAAACAACAUGAAUGUUUAACCCUCCCCCAGCCAACAAA